AGGUGUGGUUAUAUAAAUAUAGCUAAUUAAUGUAUCUUGAAAAUAAUAUAUUUGUUGUGCUGAGUAAAGAUAAAAUUGAAAAAACAUAACCACGACGCGGAUUGUCACAAAGUAGGUUACUUGUGGUAAAACUUCAGUUGCAGAUGGGAUAAAUAUCUAAUGCUCAGUGAACGCAAUCGUAUUCACGGCCGAUAUAGUUCUGGUUGUAAAUAUCAUUACAGCGGUAUUUCCGGGUUCGGGUUGCCGAGUGAUCGCAGCAGCAGCUCGAGGCGCGGUGUGUUUGCUGAACUACGCGUACACAUCGCGAGGCAGCUCGAGACGCGGUGUGUUUGCUGAGCUACGAGUGCGCAUCGUGAGACGCAACCAGGAAUUAUCAACUCGCUCACUGUGUACAUCUCCUUUGAGUAAACCCUCCGGCUGAAACAAUUGGUACCAACAUGAAGAGGGACGCGUAUGGGGACGAGGGUCCCGCGCAGAAGCGGCAGCGACAUUCAGACGACGAGGUCACAUUUCUCAUACCAAGCAAGGUGGCUGGUUCAAUCAUUGGAAAAGGUGGCACCAAUAUAUCAAAAUUGAGAAACCAGUACAAAGCCUCUAUAACAGUCCCAGAUUGCCCCGGCCCCGAACGGGUGUUAUCAAUAACGGCUGAAGAUGUGGACACGCUUCUUGAAAUUGUCAAAGAAAUAUUGCCAUGUUUGGCGGAAGGGGGACCCAAGGCCAUGGGCGACCAGGACCUGGACGUGCGUCUACUAAUCCACCAGAGCCGCGCCGGCUGCGUGAUCGGCAAGGCCGGCGCCAAGAUCAAGGAACUGCGCGAGAAAACCGGCGCCCGCCUGAAGAUAUUCUCUAGUCCGGCGCCUCAGAGCAUGGAGCGCAUCGUGCAGCUGGUGGGCAAGCCCGACGCCAUCGCCGCCGGCAUCCGAGAGGUGCUCGAACUCAUACGCCAGGUGCCAAUCAAAGGUCCAAUCCAGAACUACGACCCGCACAAUUAUGACGAUUACUACGCGGACCAAUACGGAGGGUUCGGAGCCGGGCAGGGCGGCGGCGGUGGCGCCGGCGGCGGUCGCGCCGGCCCACGGGGCCCCCCGCGCGGUCCUCCCCGCGGCAUGCCGCCCAUGGGCCCCGCCGGCCGGCCCCCGCCGCGCGGACCCCCGCCCGCGCGCAAUGGCCCGCCACCUCCGCGCACUGGCUUUAACGACUUCUCCGGCCCUGGACCACGAGCUAACUUCAGCGGCGGUCCCCCGCGCGGAGGCUUUGGUGGCGGCAGCUUCGGAGGGAACUUCGGAGGCGGUGGCGGUGGAGGCCGCAGCUCCGGUUCUGGCGGCGGAAACUUCAACGGUAGCUCGGGCAACCAGCAGGAGACCACUACACAAGUUACCAUUCCCAAAGAUUUGGCGGGCGCCAUUAUAGGCAAGGCGGGGUCUCGCAUCCGCAAGAUCCGCGCGGAGAGCGGCGCCGGCAUAGAGAUCGCGGAGCCUCUGCCCGGCUCCAGCGACCGCAUCAUCACCAUCACGGGCACGCCGCAGCGCAUACAGAUGGCGCAGUACCUCUUGCAACAAAGAAUGUUUGAAGAAUUCCCAGAUUUGGCAUCAAACAAUGCAAACUAAGUUUAGAAUGUAUAGUUCGACUCAUGAAGUAUUUCAAGUCCAGUGUGCACGAGAGCAACCCGAAUCUCGGUCGAAACUUCUGAUUCGAGGACAUAUUGAAUUAUAUGUUGCUGCUGUAACUUGUAAGGUUUAAUAAACCACCUCAUAUCACGUGAUUGAUCCUGUAACUGUAUAGUGUAACGCGAGGCUCUCGUCUAUAAUGGCGUGUAAAGUCUGACCUGGAAACAACCGAAAAAAAAGGAUAAAUUUGUUUUGUAAAUAGACUUGUUUGUGCUUAUCUAUUUUAUUAUCACAAAUCAUUUUAUCUAUGUUUGGAACAACUGUAUAUUGAAAUGUAGUUUCAAAUUUCCAGAUCAGACUUCACACAAAACGUAAGAAUGCAUUUAUCAUUAUAUACAUAAUACUAUUAAAAGAGAAUUAUCUAAGAUUGUGUCAAUGAUUUACUGAUUUAUUUGUUACAUUACAUCGAUGUAAUUUUAAGUGAUAGGUAAUAGAAAUUAAACGAAGUUUAUUUUAUGA